AUGGCGACUACUUCAGCCGCUCGGGGCCCAUCCGUUCAUGGCGGUAUGCUCGGCCUCACAGAGGACAUAGACAUGGAAGACGUUAAAGAAGAGGCAGUUAAUCCGCCUAGCAAGUCCAGAAAGCCAAAGCUGACGCUCGAGCACUUCUUUCAGGAGGCUGGCCUGAAGAAGGUCAUCGGCGAUUGUGCCAAGCUGGAGUUCAAGGGGGAAGGCCACGAGUUCGAGGAUUUGAAGGUACUGAUGGCCACGUACAAGAGGUGGUUCAGGGAGAUCUAUCCCUACGAGGACAACUUCGAGGAUUUGAUUUGGAAAUCCCGCACAGUUCUGGCGCACAAGGAGCCGGACUGCGACCCUCGUGAAGAGCUGCACAAGCUCAGACUUUGGUACAAGAAGUCGACGAGUCAGGCUGCAGAACCAACGAAAGAGGAGGUCGGCAGUCUCGAGCUGGACCCAGAAGUUGCCAAGCGUGUUGCUGAGAAUCGUGCUCGAGCGCUCGAGCGGAAGAGGCAGCGUGAGGCGGCCGUGGAGGAAGCCCAAGAAGAAGCGAUGGCCGCGCAGGCCGCGCAGGCCGCGCAGUCGCAAGCGGAGCCCGACUUCGAGGAGGAAGAUGCCCGGAGCCGAUCUCAGAGUGUCUACCUGGGAGCCGAAAGCGUGGCCGGUUGCCAGGCUGGAGUUGUGAAAUCGAGGGAACUCAUUUCCACGGCUUUAAGCUUGUCUUUGUCCUCAGCUCUGCUGACAUGGGGCUCGUCUGCUACAGACCUGGCUCGAGGCAAGCGCGUCGCGGUGGCUGGCGAGCCUUCACCAGCAGAGCAGGUUGCUGGUGUCACGUGCUAUCCGCUGCAAAGCUUCAGCAAUGCUGAGCAGCUGUCAGCGAAAUCGCGGCUGGGCCUCGUGCGUGGCUGGGCCGUGUACGAGCGUGGCGACCGGCCCGGACACUUUGUCGCAGAGCGGUAUUGGUGGAACUGUCAUCCGGACGGACGGUGGGUCGAUCUCACCCCGCGCCCAGAGGGUCUCCAAGAGCUGCUGCUGGUGGAAGCCCCCGGCAGCGACAAGCGGCGGGGUGCUUCGACGUCCGUGCAGGCGGACUUUGCUCGUCGGCUCCUCACUUGGCGAUUUCCGAAGUUAGCUGCCAGCAUUGCGGCGGUGGGACGGCCCGCACAGCCCGCGCAAUCACAGCCAGCAAAGCCUGUGCAACCAUCGCAGCCGCCAUCGCGACAGACGGCGAAGGUUUUGGAUUAUUCGAAGUGGAGCAACAUCGUCGACUCAGAUGAAGAGGAGGCUCCACAGCGGAAGGAAGAUGAAGCAGAUGUGGGGGUCAAGGACUUGGCAGAGGGGAAGACAAAGAAGAAACCUGUUCUUCCUGUGCCUGACUUCCUCCAGGGCAGCACUGCUGGAGGAGGUGGCACGAAUUGCCUGCUCUCCUUGUUGAAGCUGCUAGAUGCUGAAGAGAAGAAGGAGGAUCACGCGCACAGCUUGGCCCAGGUCUUCGGCCGCAGCUUCCACUCCGCAAUGCUGGACCGACCAAGGCAGAGUUUCUACAAGCGUGCCCUAGCCAGCUUGGACAAGGACGUCUUCGUGGUGGUGCUCGGGAUUGGCUCGGUCAUGCCGCUGUUGGAAGCCGCCCGCAACUUCCGCGGGAUCCUGCUGGAGACGUCGACCAAGCUGGCAGAGGUGGCAGAGCAACUCCUCAAAGCCAACAAACUCAGUUUUCCGAUUGCUGUGAUCAAAGAAGGCUUGGACAACGCAGAGGCUGUCCGGGACACGAUCUCGAGGAAGCUGCCUAAGGCAGCAUCCGUGUGCGUGGUCACCGAGAGGAUGGCGCACGACCUGCUGUCGAACGGCAUCGUGCCUGCCUGCGUCACUGUGCACCAGGCGUUGCGACACUGCGGGGCGAAAUCCAUCCGGCACCUCCCGAAAACCGUGGAGCUGCUGGCAGCACCUGCGGAGAUUAGAUCAGAAAGGCUCUUGGAGUUUGAUCUGCGACCUUUCAACACCCUCCGUCACACAUCCUCCAACGACAAAGCAGACUUUUGGUGGUGGCCGGUACGGAUGGGGAGCCAGCCCAACACGAACUGUGCUCUCUUGGGGCCUGCGAAAACGCUUUGCGGCUUUGAUUUCGACCGUUCGCCCGAGAUCACUCUGGAUGAGGUCCGGAGGCCAAUGAAACUCCAAGCAGACAAGCGUGGUCGCUGCAAUUGUGUCACUGUGUGGUGGGUCGCAAAGUUCGGAGACGAAGAGUAUUCAACACGUCCUGAUCUGGAGAACCGGGACGCUCCCUCGCAUGGGCACUCUGAAUGGAAGCAGGCCGUCCACUACCUGGCAGGAGAGACGUCUGUCUUCCCAGGAGAUGUGAUUGACUUGCAGGUCUCCGUGACCCCACGCUUCACCUUCCGCAUGAUGCAAGAAAGCCCAAUGUCAGUGGAGGUGCCCAUGUGGGUGCAGGCUCCGACAAGCACUAAAUUCUCAGCGACGCUGCCCAUCCUGCCCUAUCAUUUUCUGAUGAUGACAGACAUGGAGAGGGCUCAGGUUUACCAGCGGGCGAUUCGCGAUGCAGUGCAAGCCCAGCGGAAAAAGCUCGGCCGCCGACCGCGGGUGUUGGACGCAGGGUCUGGCAUUGGCCUGCUCGGCAUGAUGGCGGCGCUGGAGGGUGCAGAAGUUUGGCUUUGUGAAGCUGUGCCCCUGAUGCGCCAGACCUGCCGUGAGGUGGUGGCAGCCAACGCAGCACUGAUUACCGAAAAGCGGGGUAUGGUGAACUUACUGCCCCCGAUGAUGUCAACCAGGCUCGUGGUUGGCGAAGACGUAGCGGAGAAGUUCGACAUAGUCGUCUCGGAGGUGAUGGACCUCUGGUGCUUGGGUGAAGGCAUCAUUCCCACGAUGCGCCAUGCGCACAAGAAGCUUCUGGCUGAGACCGGUGUGAUGCUGCCCGGACGAUUGCAGAUCUUCGUGCAACCUUUGGAACUCUCACUCUUCGGACAGGUCGAGAAGGAGAACGGCGGGGUUGACCUGCAGGCGAUCGGCCAGCACUUCAAGAGCAAGUUCUCGGCUGUGAGGAUUGACCACUUUCCACGGCGGUACCUGACCGAUGAGCCCAUUGCUGCAAUGGAGGUGAACCUUUCCUGUGUGCCACCGCAGCCCGCCGAGGGUGAGCCCAAUGUGGAGAACGACGUGAAGCUGUGCAUCAGAAUGGGUGGCAAGGCUGCCUUGCGGGCGAAGGUCUCGAGCGUCAAGGUGGAUCACAGUGGCAUGCUGUCAGGAUAUGGCAUCUGGUGGUCAGCGGACCUCGGAAACGGUCACGUGGUGACCAGCAACCCGAGCAAUCCGCAAAGGAGCUGGAAGCAACUGAUCCGCUGGCUCGAUGCCCCUCGCUUUGUCUCCGCCGGGGAGGACAUCCAGGUCUUGACAUGCUACAACGACCACCAGGUUAACGUCGAGGAUAUCUACCUCCCUCCCGAAAUGGUGGACAAGUACCAGGAGGAGCUGCUGGCAGCGCAGGGCCAGGCGGCCGGAGGCGGGGGGCAGAAGCCGAAUGCAGAGACAGAGGAGCUGAUAGAGGUCGACUGA